CCUCCGGACUGUCUCCAGACUGAAGACCGUCACUGGCAGUUUGAUCAGAUGCACGAUGCUGCCAAUGUAGUCGAAGAACGCCAGACCAAGGACUUCCAGCUUGCGCUAUCUUUCGACAUGUCCUAUGCCUUCCGUACUGAGAAUUGCCCGACUAACAAGGCCUGGGAUGUCGCCACGAUGACAUACAUAGUCAAGGAACAAGACAAGCGCAGCUCGUCUUACCGCUGGAACUCCAGUGUUCUAAUUAUGACCCACGAAGGCGGCCUCUACGGUGGUGGAUUCUUCAAGCAGCUCGCGGACGAACUUGCUGAAUACGAUAUUGACCCUACCUUUGCACCAUAUGUCAGUUCCUACUCCGUCGCCGCCAGCAAGAGCAGCGACCCAGAUACCUCUGCUCAGCGUUUCUUCAGCGAUUACUCUGACCCCACUGUUUCUGGCUACUUCAACGGUCUUGCUUGGCCCAACAAUGUUCGAGAGAACAUAACUUGCUUUGUUGAUACAGCUUUCAAGGACGCUAUCGAGGAAUCUGCUCACAAAGGCCCCUUUAUUAUGGGCGUUUCUCCUUGGCAGUACGAGAAUCUCAACACGCCCAACCCUGCUGGUAGUUGGGUUCAAUACUCCGACACUCUCUAUAGCCACCGCUGGAAUCAGGCCAUCACGGACGUUCAGCCUGACAUCGUUAAUAUCCUCAGCUGGAACGAUUACAUUGCUUCCACUUAUCUCCGCGAGGUCCCCGAGAAGACUGGACCUGGAUCCGUCGACCUUGGCGAGCAAGGCAAUUAUGUCUAUGGCAUGAAUCACACGGCUUGGGGUGCGAUGACCAAAUACUUCAGCAAGGGUUACAUGACCGACAACAACAAGCCCGAGAUCACUGACAAUGAUCUGAUCUACUGGUAUCGUACUCAUCGCAAGGACGCUACUUGUAAAGGCGGCAGAGCUUCUGCUAGCACGCCCGUUCGCAACUCCGACUUCGUCAAUGACUCGGUCUUCAUUUGGGCCAAAAUUCGCUCUGCUGUCACUGUCGAAGUCUACUUCGGAACUGACCCCAAGUCCCGGUCCGAGCGUCCUGGUACGCCCCGCGUUACCUUCGACACUACCGGUCAAACCGAACCCUUUCUCCUGGAGCUGCCUUUCCCCGAUGAUUUCCCUGCCAAUUCCAGCGACAAGUUGUAUCCCCAGGUCGUUGUGAACCCCGAUCGUAUCGCCUAUUCCAAAUAUGACAGUGUCCCCAUCACCGGCGAGUGUGAUUGGGAGAACUUCAAUGCUGUCGUGCAGAGUCUGGGUUCUGAUUUCAACGAUUUGUUUUAGAGUGACGGACGGCAUGGUAUUGCCGAGAUUAUUUCCAAAAGCACAAAAUGGGGCUCGGGG